CCGGGGGCGGCGCCGCAGCAAAGGAGGGGGCCGGGCGGGGGAAAGGAGCGAGGGCUCUCUGGGCAUGUGAAGAGCGCUCGGCCCUUCUCUCCGGGAACUUCGCGCUCCGGUUCCUGAAAUGAGGCGCUGGCGCUGCUGGGAGAACCAGAGGAUGAGCUGCGGGACCGCUAUGGGGAGAGGCGGGGGGCCGGGGGAAGAUGGAGGCUGGUGGAGGAGCUGGCUACAGCAAAGCCUUCAAACUGUCAGAGAGAAGUCCUCAGAGGCCUUGGAGUUCAUGAAACGCGAUCUGACAGAAUUCACUCAGGUGGUCCAACAUGAUACAGCUUGCACCAUCGCUGCUACUGCCAGUGUGGUCAAAGAGAAGUUGGCUACGGAAAGCUCUUCGGGGACAACGGAAAAAGUGAGAAAAGGACUCUCCAACUUCUUGGGUGUUAUUUCAGACACUUUUGCACCCUCCCCAGAUAAGACCAUUGACUGUGAUGUCAUAACCCUGAUGGCAACUCCAUCUGGGACCACAGAGUUGUAUGACAGUGCCAAGGCUCGGCUCUAUAGCCUUCAGUCUGACCCUGCCACUUAUUGCAAUGAACCUGACGGACCACCUGAACUAUUUGAGGCCUGGCUUUUGCACUUCAGCUUGGAGGAGAAGAAAGGAGAGAUAUCGGGGUUGCUGGGAAACAGCCCGUCGAUCCGCUCCCUCUACUCCAAAAUGGUGCCUGUGGCCGUCUCCCACUCGGAAUUCUGGCAGCGGUACUUUUAUAAAGUCCACCAGCUGGAGCAGGAGGAGCUCCGGAGGGAUGCUCUGAAGCAGCGGGCAGAACAGAGUGUUCACUCAGAAGACCCAGGAUGGGAGGAGGAGGAGGAAGAGGAAUUUCUUGGGUCCUUUUCCUCCUCCCCCCAAGCUGUCAUCCAGGCAGAGUCUUCCCAGCCUGCACUGCCGGCUUGCCCCACCUUGGCAGCAGAAGCCGUUCCGACCCUGGAGGCCUUGGUGGAGAUGUGGGCCCCUCUGAGCCCCACCCCAGCAGAGGCGACCCCCUCAGAAAGCAGCGAGAGCAUCUCCCUGGUGACCCAGAUCCCCAACCCCGCCGCUGGGCCAGCCUCCCCCUUACAGACUGGAGCCCCCCUUGCGGGAGCUGGGGACAAUUUCCGGAAGCCGCAGGAAGCUGGCAGAGAUGAGCAGGGAAGCUCCUUGGCCAAAGCAGGGAAGCCUGCGCCGCCUCCCCUGCCCGCCCCGGAGGCCAAGGCCUCUUCCGAGCAGCCCAAGGAGUGUGCAGAGGGCAAGUCAGGCAGCAGGACAGAGACUCUGCGAGAGGACGCACCUCUGGACUUACGGCUCUUCGAGCUCAAUUCGGACAGCGGGAAGUCCACGCCCUCCAAUAACGGGAAGAAGGGCUCGAGCACAGAUAUAAGCGAGGACUGGGAGAAGGACUUCGACCUGGACAUGACGGAGGAAGAGGUUCAGCUGGCCCUUGCCAAAGUAGACAUCUCUGCGGCGGAGAUGGAAGACGAAGAAUGGGAGGACUGGGAAUAACAAGGGCCUUUGUUCUCCAUGGGCUCCUUGGACUCAGCCUUGACCCUCUCCCCCCCCGCACCCCACCAUCCAGUGUGAAUUAAACCGCAGACCAACUGGUUCCUUUCUCUCCUGUAAAAGUGUUUUGGGCUGGCUACACUUCAUCUCUGUCCUCCUUGGGAACUUGGCCCAGGACUCUUGCUCAGAUCCUGAUGGGCCAGGUUAAGCUGUCCAGUGGGGCUGCAGAGCAGCGGCCUCUUUCCAGACCGUUCCCUUCCCCGGGCACCAUGGAUCGGGAUCAUUCUCUCGCUUCUUUUGGCAUUUUAGAGUGGAUUAGUAUGGGGUGGGAUGAACUAUCCGUUCGAGUGAUCUUCGCAAAUAAUUAGGAUCAUUCCCCCUGUCUCUUUUCAGUCUGAUAGCUUGCUAGCUAUGCUAUGUUGUGUGUCUUGAAACCAACACAACUUGUAAGGAUUUGCAGGAGCAAAUCUCUUUGCUUACCUGCAGUCUUAAGAAGAAACUCUGCAAGACAUUUCUGGCUCCUACUGACCUCCCCACCCCACCCCAAGACUCAUAGUGCCUGGUUUGUAAUUAACUUUUGCAUAAAUGAACCCAUCUCUCUUCUCCUGCCCCCAAAUGUAAGCUGGUCCAUUUUUCCUGGGAAGUGAAGCACUUUUUACAAACGAAAUUAUUGUUCUGAGGCCUUCCUCAUAUAAUCCCAUCUUGCAUAAAUUCCAGUUAUGGAGGGGAACGGAGGACAUCCCUCCUAGGUUGUCACAAUCAUGGCUGAGAUCUAUGCAAGGCCCCCGGUUAGGGGAGUGGCACAGCCCUUGAGCUCUGCUCUACAGCGUUGCUUGGACUCAAGUAUCCCUUGCCUCAUUAGGAGGAGGCGCCCUGGAUCUUCCUGGAAGCAUCUUCGUUUGCCAAAGCUUUGUAACUGUUUGUCUUCCUCUUGCAUUGAUGCUGUUGGGAGCAUCGGUAGAUCCUCUUCUAUAGAUAGAAAUCCUUGGGAAGCAGCGUGCUUGUGUGUUGAAGAGUUUGGGUUGUUCUCCACACUUGUCAAAGAUACUUUCUCAUCCACAUUCCUCUAAAUAAUCAUCUGUACAGGCGUCUUCUCUUUUUUUUAGGGAAAAUGGGGGGAGGGCACCUGCUUCAGAUUUAGCUAUUGCUGCCUUGCAAUGGAGUCUGACUACGAAUGAGUCUCAUUUCAGAACUCAUCAUGCUUU